AACCGACCCCAUAAAGUCUUCGCCUUUCGCUUCUCUAUAUAAAUCAAUCCCAAACGCCAACGUUUCCUUCACGGAAAAAUCAACAACCAUUCUCUCUCUCUGUGUUUCUUCGUAAAUCUCAGCGUUUUUUCCAAAAUCCAUAGCCAUGUCUCAGACUGUUGUCCUCAAGGUUGGUAUGUCAUGUGAAGGCUGUGUUGGAGCCGUGAAAAGGGUUCUGGGCAAAAUGGAAGGUGUAGAAUCAUAUGAUAUUGAUUUGAAGGAGCAGAAGGUGACAGUGAAAGGUAGUGUGCAGCCUGAGGCAGUUCUACAGACUGUUUCAAAAACUGGGAAGAAAACUAGCUUCUGGGAAGCAGGAGCUCCAGCAGCAUCUGAAGAGAAGCCUGCUGAAGCCGUGGCUGCUGCUUAAGUGUCAAUGGAUUAUUAUAGGUUGAAGACCUUAAUAUAUAUAUGUUACUACAAUAACUUCUUGCUUGACAUAUGAUCUUCUGUACAAGCAAUUAAAUAGACUGCAAGUUUGGUGUGUUA